AUGAGAAUUUGUAUUACCAGUGUCUAAGAUAAGAAAUGUAAAUACACAAGAUUACUUCCUUAAAACAACUCUGAAAAUCAAUAAAUCAAGUUUUAAAAAAUUGAAUUUCACAAUUAAUUAAAUAAACAACUCAAACCUAGUGUAGUUUUAAAGAGUUUACCUAAAGCUCAAAAUGCUAUUCAUAGUUAUUAGUUAAUCAAGAUUUUUAAUGAAUUUCCAAGACAAAGAAGAAAAAGCUAUAAUGAAGGUGCAAUUUCAUAAAAAAUUGUAAGACAUUCAGUUUAUUCUCAAGUUGAAUAUAGACAUUAAAUACCCUAGAACUCUUAUCUAAUAACACCAAUUUCUAGAUAGAGUCAAAGAUUUAAGAAGAAGAGCAAUUAAGGGAAGAAUGAAGACUAAAUUUGAGAAAUCAUUUAAGAAAAUAGAUACACCAACCACAAGCUAAUUUAAUCCUUAAAAUAGUCAUCAUAGUACUAAUAGAGAUUCUUACUAUGCAACUAUGUAAGAUAUCAAAGUUCAAAGAACUUUUACCAAGGAUCGUGCUUACUAUUAACGACCAUUGGAUAAAAAAGGUUCUGAUUUGAUAUNUAUUAUUCAAAAAGCUUUAACAUUUCAUCUCUUUAAUUUCUCAAAGCAUUAUCUAUAUAUAAUUAUAAUGAAUUAGAGUUUUGAUUAGGUCUGA